UGUGGAGCGUCAGUAUAUGGCGCACUUACGCAGUCUAAAAGAGACGCGCUACUGUACCAAAGCCAUGACCUCUCACCUGCUAGUGAGUUCUGCUUUGGGUAAGCAUGUUGUAACUAAUACACCGCAUAUCAACUAGAUCUGCUGCACCACAGUGGACCAGAACUGAUUUUUUAUUCCAGCUGAACACUGAACUGGUUUUACGUGUGUUCAGUCGUAGAGAAAUCAGAGCUCCGAGGAGCGCACGUGGGAAGUAACCAAAACUUUAGGAGAUGUAAUGUGAAUGAGGAAGUGGUUUAUAUGUUGUGGUGUGGACACUAGAUGCAGAGUUGCUGGUUCUCCUCAGUCCAUGAUGGAUGACUGCAACAAAAUCCUUCUGUUCCCAGAAACAGCAAAUCUAAUGUUGUGACGCAUCAGUAUGGACAACAAUGGACAGAAGUACUUUACUCCUAUUGACUUUGUGUUAUUUGCAUUGCUUCUGGUGGCCUCCAUUGCUAUCGGUUUGUACCAUGCACUCUCUGGAGGACGCCAGAAGACCACGCAGGAGUUUUUGCUUGCUGACAGAUCUAUGAAGUGCCUUCCCCUUUCUCUCUCUCUCAUGGCUACAUUCCAGUCUGCUGUUGCUGUAGUGGGUACACCAGCGGAAGUCUACACCAACGGUACACAGUACUGGUUCAUUGGCUGUUCUUACAUCCUUGGCCUCCUGAUUCCAGCCCACAUCUUUAUUCCUGUGUUCUACAGACUUCAUCUCAAUAGUGCAUACCAGUAUCUAGAGCUGCGUUUCUCUAAAGUGGUCCGAAUAUGUGGAACAGUCACCUUCAUUUUUCAGAUGGUCAUUUACAUGGGUGUUGGUGUAUAUACUCCAGCCCUUGCACUAAAUGCAGUUACUGGUUUUCACUUAUGGGGAGCAGUAUUAGCAACCGGACUCGUUUGUACAGUAUACACAGCACUGGGGGGCCUGAAGGCAGUUAUAUGGACUGACGUGUUUCAGACAGUGGUGAUGUUUGCAGGUCAGCUGGCAGUCAUCAUAGUGGGUGUGCAGAAGGCUGGAGGUCUCUCUGAGGUUUGGAGGAAAGUGACAGAGGGAGAUCGCAUCUCGGGCAUAGACCUAAAUCCAGACCCUACAGUGAGACACACAUUCUGGACAUUGGCGUUUGGUGGUGUGUUUCUGUUGCUGUCUUUGUAUGGGGUGAACCAAGCACAAGUGCAGAGGUACCUUAGUUCUCGGACAGAAAAAGAGGCUGUGAUGUCAUGCUACAUGGUGUUUCCCUGUCUUCAGGUUGCUUUGGCUCUAAGCUGUCUGAUGGGACUUGUGAUGUUUGCAUGUUAUGGUCAUAACAACCCUAUACAAAAACAGUAUGUCUACUCUAAAGAUCAGAUGGUGCUGUACUUUGUCAUGGACAUGCUGCAGGACCUUCCUGGACUUCCUGGAUUAUUCGUUGCAUGCUUAUUUAGUGCGUCUCUCAGCACAAUCUCCUCGGCUUUCAAUUCACUGGCCACAGUAACAAUGGAGGAUUUAAUCAAGCCAUAUUAUCCCUCUAUGACAGACGCUAGAGCCACAUUGCUGUCCAAAGCUCUUGCUUUUUUAUAUGGCCUUGUCUGCCUUGUUAUGGCUUAUGCCAUUCAUAUGUUGAAAAGUUCUGUUUUACAGGUUGCUCUCAGUAUCUUUGGGAUGGUAGGAGGUCCCUUGCUGGGUCUUUUCUGUCUUGGGAUAUUUUUCCGUUGGGCCAAUAGCACUGGUGCUGUGACAGGGCUGGCUGCUGGUCUGGUCAUGGCUUUCUGGGUUGGCAUUGGUGGAUUUGUAGCACAAAUGUCAAGUACCAUACAUCCAGAGAACUUCACCGAUUCAGGAGCAACAGCAAAUAGAACUGUGGCUUCUGUAACAAUAUUAACUUCAAUCACUGAUGAACCAAGUAAAUCUGUUGGGCUGCAUGGGUUCUAUUCUCUUUCAUACAUGUGGUACAGUGCCUUCAACUCCUCCAUCGUGGUUCUUGUUGGACUCCUUGUCAGUCUAAUUACAGGUCCAACAAAAAAAGACAACUUAAACGCAGACACUGUUUAUCCCCUGGUGGAUAGAAUGCAAUCAGUCCUGCAAAUGCUGCUAAAACCCAAGCUGUUUUGUGAUCCCACUUUAGACGCAGAGCAAAUUACUACCCAUCAUGAACAAAUAAAUGGUUAUGGCAAGCCAGAGAGAAACACAGGUACAGAAGAAGAAAGAAAAACCUUUCUACCAUUGAGCCAAAGAUCUUAUUUGGAGCAGGAAACCUCAGUGUGAACAGCCAUCAGAUACUGAUGUGCAGAACUGUUCUGGAGUAUUAUCAUUUGCUAUUAUUAUUUGCUUUGUUGCUUUGUUUUGAAAAAAUAUUCAUGUCAACUACAGAUGUGAGCUAAUAAUGAAAAAGGAGUAAAGUUCACUAUAUGAAAAGUCAAUGUAAAGUACCUUACAAAUAUUAACUCAUUGUAAAAUCAAGUCAAAUAAAAAUUCAUGACGUGACAAGUGUAAAUAAGUUUUUAUGUGGAAAUAAGUUAACAUUCUUUAUAGGGAACAAACCUCUGCACAUUUUAUUGUGCAAUUAUUGUUUAUUGGCUGAAUGUAGCAUGAAAUAAAAAUAG